AUACUAUAAAAUAUAGUGUAGAGACAAAAAGGAGAACAAAUGGGGUGUAAGGGUUGUGACACAUGUAGAUACAUGUGUCAUGGAAACAAAAAGGGGUUGACACAUGUAAAGACAUGUGUCACCAUUUUGGAAAGAACUUGGAAGUUAAGUUUCCAAGGUGACAAAAUGUUUUGUUUUAUUAACAAAAAUGGCAAUUUCCUUUCUUUCUCUUUUAAAACAAAAGCUUCCAUUUUCCAUUUUUCUUACCAAAACCGUAACACCCCCACCAAGAAGAAGACUCUAGUUUCUUUUGAUUCUUGUACUUUUUCAAAACUACAACAAGGAAUAUUGCCUGUGUCUGGACAAGACUUCAUCUUUUUGAUUCAUGAAGUCUUCGUUUUGCGUAUAUGGUAUUUGGUCUUAUCUUGAUCUGUAGAGCUGCAGUAGAAUAGAUAGACAGACGCCUUAGCAUGUCAGUAUUUGCGAUGUUUGCCACGCAUGAACUCUGUUUUGUUUUCAUCGCACGAUUAUAAUAUAUUUUAACGACAUGCAUUAAGGUAUUGGAAAAUAGUUGCAACCCGGGUACACGGUAGUACCGGGAGUUUUGAGAUACAGUGUAAAGGAAACUGUACGCAACUAUGUUAUGUGUAUAAUAUGGGGCCCAGCGUGGCUAUAUGCAUGAUUGCAUGUUAUCGGUUUUGUAAAAGACGGUAUUCGAGGAAUACGCGUUAAAACGAUAACCAGUAAUUGAAAAGUAACGGUUUUAAUUUAAUGAAA